UUAUUUAUUUAUUCAUGAGAGACACAGGCAGAGGCAGAAGCAGGCUCCAUGCAGGGAGCCUGUGGGACUCGAUCCCGGGUCUCCAGGGUCACAACCUGGGUCAAAGGCAGCAAUAAACCACUGAGCCACCCGGGCUGCCGGGAACUGGAUCCUAAAGUAACUUGCAUCAAGUUUCUAAAGAUUCUGUGCGAUGAUGAAUCCAGACACCAUUAAGAAACAGCCUCUGCAUCAGUUUGUGCAAAGACCACUUUUCCCACUGCCUGCAACCUUAUGUAACACAGUGAGACACAUGUUUAUUCAAACACAAGAUACCCCAAAUCCCAACAGUUUAAAGUUUAUUCCAGGAAAACCAGUUCUUGAGACAAGGACCAUGGAUUUUCCCACACCAGCUGCAGCAUUUCGCUCCCCUCUGGCUAGACAGUUAUUUAGGAUCGAAGGUGUAAAAAGUGUCUUUUUUGGACCAGAUUUCAUCACUGUCACAAAGGAAAGCGAAGAGUUAGACUGGAAUUUACUGAAACCAGAUAUUUAUGCAACAAUCAUGGAUUUCUUUGCUUCUGGCUUACCCUUAGUUACUGAGGAAACAUCUUCAGGAGAAGCAGGAUCUGAAGAAGAUGAUGAAGUUGUGGCAAUGAUUAAGGAAUUGUUAGAUACUAGAAUACGGCCAACUGUGCAGGAAGAUGGAGGAGAUGUUAUCUAUAAAGGCUUUGAAGAUGGCAUUGUCCAGCUGAAGCUCCAAGGUUCUUGUACCAGCUGCCCCAGUUCAAUCAUUACUCUGAAAAAUGGAAUUCAGAACAUGCUGCAAUUUUAUAUUCCAGAAGUGGAGGGUGUAGAACAGGUUAUGGAUGAUGAAUCAGAUGAAAAAGAAGCAAACUCAACUUAAAAUAAUUAGAAUUUUUUGUGGGCCCAGCAAUUGGACUUACUGAUACUAUAUACCAAGCGUUUAUUAUUAAUCUAAGAAACUUGAGGAUUAAUAAAAUAUGCCCUUUUUUCAGAGACUUAUAUAUAAAUAUUGCAUGUUUGCUUUACCUCAUAUGAGUUAUUUAUAACAUCCUGAAUCAUCUGUACACGUGGAUUUUAUCCAAGGAUAUUUUAAUGUUUGUUCUUUAUUUCUCAUGGUUCCUUCUUUGCAUAAUAUGUGAAGCAGUUCAUUUUCUCCCAUUUAAUUUAUUUACUUUUUAAAUACAGAAUACGGAGAAUGCUUUUAAAAAUACUCUAAAAUGG